UUGAGAGCACGCACACGGCGACAAAACGAAGAGAAAGAAAAAGAUUGAUUCAUUCAUUCGUUCAUUGAUUCUACUAACUAAGGUGUGGGUGGUUGUCGUCGGAAGUCUCUCUCUCUCUCUCUCUUUCCGUCGUCUCCUAUGGCUGACAACAAAGAAAUAAUUCCCCGACACUAUGAUCUUGAUGCCAAAUGGGAUGCCUGCCUUGAUCUCACCGUCCGCCGCUUCGUCUACUCCUCAUUUGCCGGUGCAUUUGGCGGUCUCCUCCUUUUCAGGAGUCCUCAGACUCGCUGGGCAUCUAUUGCUUUUGGUGCUGGAGUGGGAAUAGGAUCUGCAUACACGGAAUGUUCUCGUCUGUUUGAUGGACCUCCAACAAAGCUAGCACUCCCCAAGGGCUCAGAUGCUCCUAUUCAGAAUACGCAGGACUCUGAGUAGACGCUACAAUGGAUCCUGGUUCCUGGACAGUGAAACCGAAGAUUCUUGUGUCUAUUGAUGGUUCCUGUACUCGGUUAUAGCUAUUGAAAAUGUUGCACUCUAUGAUCAUAAAUUAACAUCACUCAUGGAAAUUCAUUUCCAAGCUGUUAUCCUUUUGUUUUCCUGUAGUCCUGCACUAUGUUUGUCUGGUGAAAGAUAAGAGAUUAAAAAAAGAUUCCGCAGAUAUAAUUAUCUGUUUGCUGACUUCAA